AUGGGGGAGAUGUUUUGCAGGCUGCUGCAUCUUAAACUGCGCGGCCACCGUUCAGAGGGGCGAUUGGCUCGGGUUUGGCCUCCACUGACACAAGCCCAAAGGGCUGAGGGCCGGGGCGGAAGUGCGGGAGCGGGAGGGCGCCCGCGGCUGGGGCGGAAGUGCCGGGCGCGGGGCGGAAGCGGCGACAGGGGCGGCGGAGGCUCUGGUGGGUCCCAGCGGUCUGGCGCCGGCAGGUGGGCGCUCGCGGUCCCCAGCCCGGAGCCGGUACGCGGGCGGGAGAGGAGGUCACAGGAGCUCCACGCUGUGCCGCACGCUGCCGAUUUCGAUUGUCAUUACAGGAAAUUUAAUUAA